AUGGAUGAUGCUACUGAAAAUGUUGAUGAGGCAAAUCAGAACAAAGAAAAAGAUGUCAUCGAGGCAAAUGAAGAGGAGGAAAAUCCAUUUGCUUCAAAGAAAAGGAAUCAUGCAACUGUAAGAAAGGAUUAUUUCUCUGCUUAUGAUAUUGAGAAAAAGAAAGUGAAGGAUUUGCUAAAGCAUAUUGACAAAGUUAGUGUGACCACAGAUUUAUGGAAGUCAGGUCAGCAGGUUUCAUACAUGGUUAUUACUGCACACUUUAUGGACUCCAACUGGAAUUUGCAAAAGUGUACUUUGAACUUCUGUGAUGUUCCAUCACCUCAUACAGGAGUUGUUAUAUGUGAUGUGCUAAUGUUGAAGGAUAAUCUUGCUUACAAGAAUAGUCUUGCACUUAAUGGUAAGUUGUUUCAUGUGAAAUGUUGUGCGCAUAUCUUAAAAUUAUUAGUGCAAGAUGGGUUAUCUGAGAUUGAAGAUAUCAUUUUCAAUGAUGUUUCGUCUCUAUAUCAGCAAAGAGAUCCAACUUACACUUUCUUACCUAGUGAGGAAGAUUGCGAAAAAGUGAAGGAAGUUUGCUCUUUUCUUGAAGAAUUCAAUAAAGUUACUAAAGUAAUUUCAAGUACUGAAUAUCCAACUUCAAACUUAUUCCUUGCUGAACUUUAUAAUAUAAAAAAAUUGUUAAAUGAAGCACAUGAGAAUGUGGGCUACAUGCAAGCCAUGGUUAGUAAGAUGAAAAAGAAAUUUGAUAAGUUUUUGGGUGAUUGUAAUUUGUUGAUCUCUAUAGCAGCUGUAUUGGACCCAAGAAACAAGAUGAAAUUGGUUGAGUGGUGUUUUCCAGAGAUUUAUUCUACAUCUGAUGCUAUUGAGCAGAUGACUAUUGUUCAAGAGACUUUGCGUAUGCUUUAUAAUGAGUAUUUUGAAGCUCAUAGAGCAAAAAAUGUUGACACAAAAAUUAGUGGUGCUGAAAACCAAAGGGAAGGAUCUAGUUGUAUUGUAAGUGGGAAAAGAAAAGUUAGAGGGAGAGCACAAUUUUAUAGUUACAUCAGGAAUGUUGAUAAUAUAAUUGAGCAAGUGAAAUCUAAAUUAGAAGUGUGUUUAGAAGAUGGUUGUCAUAUUUGUGAAGAUGAUGAAAAAUUUGAUGCAUUAGAAUGGUGGAAGAUGAAUAACAUGAAAUACAGGGUAUUAUAA